ACUUUUUUCUCCUCUUCCGAACAAAGCUCCUCUUUCACUUUCAGAGUGGUUUACGUCGUCGUUCCUGUAUGUUGUGAGUUUUUGAGCUUCGUGUCUUUGUUGUUUUUUCCUUUUCUUUUAAUUCCAGAACUCUUCGGCGGUAACACUUGACUCGCGGCUCCUGCCGCCUCAGAGGAGCAGUGCACGAGAAUAAUGUGAAGACUUGCUGGAUCUCCAGAGGAUUAUCAUCUGAUUUUAUUUUCUUUAAACCCGUUUUCCGCUGCACUACAAUGCCUCUGAGGUUAAAAUGUCGACACUGAAGCAAGUUAUUCUACAAGAUAAAGACCAAGCCAUCGAAAAGGACCUGGGCUGGAGUUACUUUGAAUGGAUAGAAAAUGACGUCACCACAGGUGUGGCGAAUGCACAGACACAAACAGAUGAAAGGAGCUGGGAGCACAAGGAGUGUCAGACCAGCAACCCAGUUAUAAUGCACAUAAAUCUCCCACGGACACACUCCAAGCCGAGGCAUUUGUCCCUGGUGGACACAGAUGGCUUGGUAACGCCGCUUUUUCAGUUUGAUCGGCAGGCCCCCGGCCGAAUCUCCACGUCUCCCACCUUGAGAAGAAUGAGAAGCACACGACGUUCUCAAGUGGAUCCUGGUAGAAUGGGCAGCACACGGGAAGAGCCUCCCACUGGUGUCACACCAUCCCCACUGAGCCCCUCAACCCUAUUACACAGGCUCAAAUCUCCACUUGCAGAAAAGACUGUGUCUGAUGGGGAGCUCAUUCACAGUCAUCAGCCCAGUUCCUCCUUAGAGCCACAGAGAACCAGGUCACGUAGGUCAAAGACAUUUGACAGCUGUAUAAUUCCCACCAGUGCAGGCUCUCAGAGUACCCAGUCUGGUCUUAGUAAAGACUCUGGAGUUUCAGAUGGUGAAUUACAGGAGAAAGAGGCUUUUCAUAACAGGUUUCAGGAAAGGAGGCGGAGCUCAGUGGUGGUCAGCCUGCCUGGUUUGGACAUUUCACCAGGAGACUUGUUUGUGUCUAAUGGAGUAGCUGACGUCCUAAACUGCUUCAUCGUCUCUGAUACUAAGAAGCCAAAGUGGCCUUUUUCGCGACGCAAUACGAGUAAAGGGAAGUUGCAGAUAGGUACAGCAUCUGAUAUUGAGAAGUAUCUCUCAACGGCUCAGAUUGAGGACUGGAGGAACACAGACCUUCAGAAGUACAAGGCUUUCUCUCUGACAGAGUUCCUGCAGGACCAGUCUGCCCAGGUGAGCGCCACCUCUGACCUUCAUGUCUUCAAGACACAAGAAGCCAUCUGGGAGCUCUUCACCAGCGAGUGUGUUUAUUUCCUGGACCAGCUCAGAGUUCUCAAAGAGGUGUUUUUGGAAACACUUAGAAAUCUGCAGAUGAAGAACUGUCUAACUGAUGUGGACUCCUGGAGGCUGUUUGCUAACCUGAAUGAGCUUUGCCUGGUGAGCUUUGGUUUCCUGACUAAUCUCCUGCCUGUCAUUAAGGAGACUUUGGACAAGUCUGACGCUGGACCAAUGCUACAGGAGGUGCUGAGCAAGGCUUUCCAAGAGAGCAUAUGCCACUGCCUGCAGAAAUACUGCCUCAACUACUCCACAGCACUGCUUUAUCUGGACAGCCUGAAGCCCAGAGAGGACUUUAGCUCUUACAUGAAGUGGUGUGAACAGAGCGAGCAUUGCCGGAGGCUGCAACUCCGUGACCUUUUGGUGGCUCCAUUGCAGAGGUUAACUCGAUACCCACUCUUGUUGCGAAAUAUUGCAAAGAGAUGUCAGACAGAUGACUACUCCAGAGGACUGCAAGCGAUAGCGGAGCAAGUGGACAACUCGAUAUGUGAUCUGGAGGGCAAAGUCAAAUGGCUGGAUAACUACCAGACGGUGAAGCAGCUAAGAGAUGCUCUGGUGUGGCUUCCUGUGUGGGAGCGGGAUAAACGUGCCUUCAUUCCUGAGAAUCUGAAACAUCUCUUAAAGACCGUCACCCUGGAGAACCUCAUUUCACACAGAAGCCUGCUGCAUGAGGGCAAACUGGUACUCACAGAAAACACAAAGCUGAUUGAUGUCUAUCUGUUCCUGUUUGAUGAGUUCCUCCUAAUCACAAAGAUAAAGAGAAACAAAAAGCGGUCCAUUAGUGCAGAACAGAGUCCGCUGAGGCCGCCGCAGAAUCUGGAGCUGGAUCAGCUGCUAAAAGAUGGAUGCACCUUCAUGGUUCUCGACCAGCCCGUCUCUCUGGAUCGACUCCAGCUCAAGAAUAUUGACCAGAUAAAUGCAUCAACUUCAGGCCUGCCUCACUCUUUCAUAAUCAUGCACCAGAACCGUUACCAGCAGUGCAUAGGUGCAUUCAUCCUACAAGCCCCUUCAGAAUCUGUCAAGAGAGUGUGGAUGUCAAAGAUUGAGGGCGCUGUGACGGCACUGCUGAAGCUGGACUCCACGCAGCCGCGAGUCAAGCGCCCCUCCCUGUGGCUGGAGUCGUCACAGAUUUGACUAGCGGCAUGACCCUAGAAGCCACGUGAUGCUGUGCACAUGAUGCUGUCCACGUGCACACCAGUGCUCCCCAAAGUCCUGAACACAACAUGCUUGCAUAAAUUGGUUUCCUAAAACAUCUUCAUGACAACUACCUGCAUUAGUGUACCAAUUACAGUGUGUAGUAACUUACAUCUCAUCUACUGAAGUGUCUCAAGAGAUUUCGACAUAAACUUCAGAUGUGAAAUGUCGUCUGGUGGAGCUCACCUUCAACACUCACGAUUACUCAUUCUUGUAAAGCACACUUUACUCCAGCAUUCAUGAAGUGCAGAGACCCGUCUUGUUGAACACACACAAACUGCAAAGUAGAAACAUCCUGUAAUUUUAUUCACUUUUAUUACAAUGUCAAAUUAGAAAAAUCAGUUGGUGCACAUGAACAGUUAUCCUCCUGUACGAGUUGCAGGAUGGUCACCGCAACCAGUGAGCAAGACGUACGGGACCGCAGCCUAAGGCACACCUUCACAACCACCAGAAAUGAAUUUGACAUUAAAUACGGCAAAAUGCGAUUCACGAGCCCGUUAAAAAUCAGCAUGCACGGUGACUGCAACACAGCACAAGCUACAGGUGAUGGCGCACGUCUGUGGUGCUUUAUAAAAAUAACACUGAUCCACACAGUUCACUUUGUGCACAUAUCCACAACUCUUACAUUCUCUAAUCAGAAACAUUUACAAAGAUAAUUACGACAGCGUCUGUGUCAACGAUUCCACACAGCAGCCCGUGUGAAGUUGGUCGUGGGUUUGCCGCCGUGUUCUCCUGUGGACGAGCCUCGAAUACAGUAAGGUGCAAAUCCGCGCUAGGCGUCUGGGACCAUCACGAGUUGAAAGAUCAAAUACAGGCUAUAACGUGUGACGGCUAAGGUUUAGUGCUUUUUAUUUACUUCCCCCCCGUGUCAAUCUGAGGUAGACGUAACAAGCGAUGCAUGGAGAUUGCGACUAAGGUGCACAUUCUUUUGUAAUGAACAGAUAAACAGCUAGUUAAUCUAACUUGUCCUAAAACGUGAUGGUUGUUACAAAAGAGCAGAAGAGACCACGUUGCCAGCUGGUACACAGCCUGCUCCAGUUUCUACACAAAACCACCUGCACAAAAAGAAUCAAUUACAGAGGAAUUAUAUUGUGUGUGUAUAUAUAUAUAUAUAUAUAUGUGUAUAUUUUCUGCACAGACGUCUUCAAACGAGAUCCUCUGCAGAAAAUAUACAGUGUGCUGAGGCAAACAAGACAGCAGGCUGACUGUAUACACACACACACGCCAGUCAAUUAUUGCUUCUAAGCAGAACACACACACGCGUGUGCUCAGCUCCAACAGUAGUCAGUGUUUGUGAGUGCAGAUGAUUCGCAAGAAAAUCAACAUCGAGGCACCUUCAACAACAGCAUCAAAACACAGCAGAAAGCACCACCAUCUGUAGAAAUCAAUACACAAAGAACAUAAUUAGUGAUGCAUAAGUGUCCCACAGCAGAAACUGCACAGGGGGGGAAAAAAAAAACCCUCACAUCUUCACCCCAUGGAGAUAAAAAUGCAGAACCUUCGAUUUCAGAACAAACACGCAGCAGAAACUUACAAAAAUAGUGACUUAUGAAAAACGACUGUAUUCCUGCUGUGGACAUUCUUUGG